GAGGACUCGUGCCCCCUCUUGCUCCGAGGGCAGGGAGGGGUUCCCUCCGGGCUGCACCCCCCACGCAGCCCCGUGGGACUGGGGAUCCCCGUGGGGUGCACAGCAUCCCCAGUGGGUGAUGGGGUCCGUGGUGUACCCCCAGUGGGCAGGCGAUGGGGCUCCCCAGUGGACCAGGCCUGCAUCCCAGCAAGGGCUGUCUGGGGUCUGUGCUUGGUCCCAGAGGGUUUGACGUUGGGGUUCCCUCUCAAACCUCAGGAUGUGGGGUGAAUCUUGAGCCAGGACUUGCCAGCUGUGGGGCAAUUUCUCCCCCAUGUGCUCAGGCUGGGUUCCCUGGGUUGGAUGGAUCCCUGUCUCUGUGUCUCAGUGGCCCCAGCUAGGGCAAUGAGGGGCAUUCAGGUGGAGCUGAGGAGCAAUGACAGCCUCGUCACUGUCCCCACGGACAGGAGAGGCCUUUGGGGUGCAAAAUGGAAGGCAUUUCCAUUGGGGACGUUGUGGUCCCAGGCCCUGCAGACUAAUCCUGAUCUCCUGCCUCCAGUCUGCAGGGGCAGGGCCUCAGGAGUCUGCUCUCUACAUGGGCAUAGGGAGGCUGCUGCCACUGUGCUCUGGCUCCUUCCACUAACCCAGGCCCACAGGGCCUCCUUGUGCUGGCUGUAGAGCAGUGGUUUCACCUCUCUGCACAUAGGGCCUGGAGAAGUGUUGACGGCUGCGGUCAUAAAUGCAGUCAGGCAGGCUGGAGCUGGGUGUAGUCGGAGCUGCACUGUGGGGGCGAGCACCGUGGGGACGGCGCUUGCCUGAGCUGCGCCGCGGCUGUAUGGCUGCCUGUGCUUGCGGCUAGCCGCCUGGUAGAAGCCCUGUGGUCUCCACUGGGGAGAGCUCAGGACCUGGAGUAUGCCUCCUUCAAAGCCUCUUCUCUCCCAGCAGCAGAGACCCCUUCAUGGGGCUGGCCUUGUGACCCUGGUGUGCAGCUCUCGGUGUUCUCUGGGGCUGGGGGGCAGAUGGGGCUGUACUUCAGCUGUGAGUCUCAGUGGUGCCUCAUUCUCAGUCCUAACAUAGCAGCUCGUCCCAGGGGCAUCCCCCCAGGUGGGCUCUUGAGGACCUCAUCAUGCAUGCUUGCCCUCUUCCUCCUGGUGGAGCACACUGCAGUGUUUCUGUGGGCUAUGUCCCUGGCAGGGUUGCCUUCCCUUUGCAGCCCUGCACUGCUGGGCACUCGGCCAACAGCUUCUGGGUCAGCUGUCUGUGUCUGUCGGCAGCCUCUGCCUGGCUUCUUGCAGGCUGGGGUUAGUCAGGUUGUCUUUCUACAGUCAAAGCACCUGCCUGUGUCCAGCCUUGUGCCUGGAAUAGUUUCCCUAAUCUUCAGAUAAGAUAAAACACCAGUGAAAAUACCGUAAAAACAUAAAUGCCCUGAGAGGCUUGUGUGGGGGAGAGGGAGGUGCUGGCUGAAUCCCACCAAGGACAGGAUGCCAUGGGGUGUGGCCCACAUGCAUGGGGCUGUUGUGGAUGGGUGUGCUGGGCUGGAAAUGGCACAGACAAACUCCCAGGAACAGAUUUGCUUCAGUUUCAUGAACACCAGCCCCUCUGGGAUCACCUGCAGCUGCCAUAGUUGUGCUUUAUUUUCCUUCUUUUUUUCUCUAGCUGGUUUCCAGAAUGGAGGAGCCACUGUCAAUGGAGAUGUCUUUCAGGAGUCCAACGGUCCCACGGAUGCCUAUGCAGCCAUAGCCAAGGCUGACCGCCUGACCCAGGAACCUGAGAGCAUCCGCAAAUGGAGGGAGGAGCAGAAGAAGCGCCUGGAGGAGCUGGAUGCGGCAUCAAAGGUGACUGAGCAGGAAUGGCGUGAGAAGGCCAAGAAGGACCUGGAGGAGUGGAACCUGCGUCAGAACGAGCAGAUGGAGAAGAACCGGGCAAACAACAGGAUCGCUGACAAAGCCUUUUACCAGCAGCCGGACGCCGAUGUGAUUGGCUAUGUGGCCUCAGAGGAAGCAUUCCUGAAGGAGUCCAAGGAGGAAACCCCGGGCUCCGAGUGGGAGAAGGUGGCCCAGCUCUGUGAUUUCAACCCCAAGAGCAGCAAGCAGAGCAAGGAUGUCUCACGGAUGCGCUCGGUGCUCAUCUCCCUCAAACAGACACCCCUGUCCCGCUAGCUGCCACCUGGCACAGCUGGGAACACAGCAGGGCAAGGCCAGGCUCACUGAGCCGGGCAGCUUCGUGGGGCCAGCCCAGGAGGGUCCUCACCCUGCCUGCCCCCUGCUCCCUGGUGUGCACCUCGGCUGUGCUGGAGUCACUGGUUGUAACUCUCCUCAUGGUUUUCCUUUGCUUAAAAGGUG